ACACGUUUUCUUGGCGUUGUUUGUCGUCCGGCGUUACAUUUUCUACAGUGUAUCUUUUGUUUCGUUUCGUCUGUUGUGAUGUAAAAUGUAACGUUGGACUUGUGUCCGAUGCACAUCCUUAAAUUUUUAUCCAAUAUUACCAAAAACAAUAAACAAAACAUGUAGUUGCAAGCAAAACACCUCUAAAAUAAUGUUUGCAAUAGCCAUAUUAUGGACAUCCCUAUGACAUAGAAGUAGAUAUUUGCAAUAAAUGGAUUACACUUAGAGAUAUAACAAUGGCUUCACCCACCCAUUUGGAUUCUGCUAAUGAGAUACAAGCAAAUUUAUUCACAGCUUCAUACCAGAGCAGAAAGCUCACAACCAUUGAUUUAGUUGGUGGCAUUUACUGCCAUAUCUGCCACACAAUAUUUGGAAACAAGAAAGAUUAUGAUGCUCAUUAUAUAAAACAUAGCACAGAUAGCAUGGGCAUUGUUUACACAUGUGUAAUAUGUCAUAAGAACAUUACAGGCUAUCCCAGCUUCAGAGGCCACUGUUACACUAGUCAUGUAAUUAAAGACAAAUUCAAGUGUGAUCACUGUGACAAGCAGUUCUCAAAAUUGACAGUCCUGAAAGAUCAUAUUGAUAUUAAGCACAAGUUUAAAUGCACCUCAUGCAGUAAAGAAUUCCAAUCAAAGAAAGAGAUGCAGAUACAUCAGAUUAUACACAACAAUAGUGACAAUCCUCCUUACAAUUGUCAGUCAUGUGAGAGGCAAAUCAACAGUCUCGAUGGUUGUGAAUAUCAUAUUGAACUGCACACCUCCUUCACAUACCCCUGCCCUAUAUGUGGUGAAGCUAUAAAAAACAAGCAAUCGGCUGUUGAGCACCUCAAACAACAUUUCGGCGAUGAAAUCCAAGAUGAAAUAAUUUCGGAAGUUGAGGAAGCACCUGAUGAUGAUUUUAUAGAGAAGCUUGGCGGAAUAUUUUGCUGUAUUUGCUCCACUGUGCAUAGGAACCGGGUUAAUUUCGAUGCACACUUUUCACUGAAACACGGGUGUCAGGAUAUAGUGUAUACAUGUAAUGAAUGCAAAAAGCAAUUUGACAAGUAUUCAGUUUUCGGAAAUCACUGCUACAAUCACUUUAUGAAAAACAGAUUUGAGUAAGUAGUUUUCUUGUUUCAAAAAAAUUAAGUGACAUCCUCAAGGUGAAAGCACCGGGGUAACCUGCGAAAUUCAAAUUUUCUUAUGUUUAUUGCAAUUUGUAGGUCAGUGUCAGAUUGUAUGUUUAAUAAAAUAUUCGCGAAAAUUUUAAUAAAAUUCGCGACCGUAACGAGUAUGUAAUUACAGAAUUAUAAUCAUUAUAAUCAUCAAUACAACCAUCUAUGUUCGUAUAAUCCCAUUGUAUGGCUAUUUCCAGAAAAACUCAUUCAAAGGGAUUAUAUGUACUUAGAGGGUUGUAUUGUUGAUUUUAAUGAUAGUUCUAUAAACACAUACUAGAUACGGUCGCGAAUCAUAUUUCAUUAAACAUACAACCUGACCCUGACCUGCACAUUCCAAAAAAUGCAAGAAAAUUUGAAUUUCACGGGCCACCCUGGAGCUUUUACCUUAACUCCUUUUAACAAAAAAUUAAAACGAAAUUUCGGUAUUUUGCAGAAACAGGUGUUUAUUUCCACAAAGUAUAUCAAUUUAUAUUAUAUUUUUAUAGAACAGUGGCAUCUCUUAAAUUUGGAAAGAAUUUCUAUAAUUGUCACACUUGUGUGUCCUUCCCCGGUCGAGCUGACCCAUUCGUGCUACAUCUAUACUAUUAAUAUAGCUGCAGCAUGGCUCUGUUUGUUCAUUUCCCUUCCCCAUCCAAUAUAAUAUAAUAUUAUUUUACUUAUUAACAAAGUAUAAAAAUUAAAGCGACAGUAGAUUAAUAGUGAGUGAGGAUGGAGAACUCAAAGGUUUGAUUCUAAACUGAAAUUCUACUAUUGUCGUGAAACACUGACGACCCCAGCAUCUUAAGCCUGCUGGUUAUUGGGAAUAUUAGAGAGACAGCUAGUAAUAAAUAAAAAAAAACUAAGAGGAUAAAUGAGGUGAUACAAUCUGUUACAGCGCCACUGCCAUUAUUAAAUGAGAAUUUGUUUUACAGGUGUGAUCAAUGUUGCAAAGCGUUUCCGCGUCUGUCGCUACUCGCAACCCAUACAGAGGCAUACCAUGGUAACGGUUUGUCUGCGACAAAGCCAUUCACGUGUAUGCGGUGCGGCCACCGCGUCGGCACUCAGAAAGCGCUGCGGGCGCACCUACGGGAGCAACACAACAUUACCUGUGUGCAGUGCCCGCAGGAGGGAUGCGAGAGAAUGUGAGUUUCUUACUAAUCAUGUGUAACUGAAGCCCUUACAAUUUUUAUAUUACACUAGUGAUCAGCCACGGCUUCACACGUGUGAUUUCUGGAUCUCUACAAAAGCGCCACGCACGCACGCACGCACCCACACACACAAAACUUUAUCAAUACACAAAAAUUUAUUGAUAAAGUUUAUCUUAUACAUAAGAUUUCAUAUUUUGGCACACUUAUUUUGCUUUGAAUAGUUUUGAAACAAUUUUAUGUAAGCAUAGUUGAAAAUAAUAGAAUAAUUUUUUAUUCAAUAUAGAUCACAUGUAUGUAAUUCUUAUUGAAAGUGAUUUUUACUUUACCACUGUUUCCGAAAAAAACCUCUGCCCUGGGAAGAACCUGCACAAAACCAAGCUUUAUAAAAAGGUUGUACAAACUAUUUACAUUUAUUUUAGAAACAGUUUGGAAGUGAUUGCCUCAUUCCCUGGGGUUAUUAUCAAUAAUGUAUUCAUUUAUGUUAUGAUAAUUCUUUUUACACAGUUUUUGUUUAUUAAAAUAUUUAAACUUGGUAAUAGAGAGACCUUGUGUAUUUUAUAGGAAUUUGUUAUAAUAUCGUAUACAUUGCCCCAAACAGGUUGAGUUAGCAGAAUACUUUCUGGCACGACCACGGCAAAUACGCGGACUUAUAACUAAUGAUACAAUUUUCGAAUUACGCGGUCACUAUUUAGUACAUUUGAGACAAAAAAUUUAAAUUGUAGGAAAAAGUAAUGACUAAUACAGGGAUGAUAAUAAUGAUACAUUAGUAGCAUAUGUGCAAUAAAUACUAAUAGUGGGUCAACUCCUUUGUUAUACCGCAAAAUACCUACAAAACUGUUUUGACAUAAUAUGCUAUGCUGACAAAGAAGCAGUGUUACGUUUUGUUAUUAAGUAGAAAAUUAGACAAAACAGUUUUAAUAGAUUUGAGAGUGAUAUAAACUGUACAAUUUUACUUAAGUAGCUAUAUGCUAUUAUGUGGUCAAUAUUAAUUUGCAUUGACUAAGUUAUUGUGUAUAUUAUAACACAAAGAGUGAAGAUUAUCACGUUAUUAUUUAAAAAAAUAUUCUAUCAUAAGUGUUUAAACGCAGUGAUUCAACGCAACACGUAACCGCCACGAUCUGCACGGCGCUUAAGACCUUCUUCUCGCAGUCUUUUGUGCCCAACGCAUUGUGCACUAUGAACGGACUGGUUGCCGGGUGAAAUUUGUUUAUUUACCCAUCCGUGUUUGAUAACAAAAUUAUUGCGAUGUCUCCUAAAAAUAAAUGCGCUGGAUGUUGUCCCUUCUUGGAGAAAAAUAUUGCGUCCAUGCAAUGUGGUCAGAGCAAAGAUAAGUAUCACACUGUGUGUGCGAAUAUAGACGAUGAAAAAUUCAACAUGUUUACAAAGGAAUGUAAGGGGUCGCCCGCAUCAUACGAAAAUAUAACACGCCGCACGAAGGUGACAACACGAUAAAAGACUUCAUUUCAGAGGAGUUCUCAAGCAUUAAACAAGAGAUCUCUAAUUUUAAUGAUUCAUUGAACUUUUUAAUGGUUGUUUCGAAAACUUAAAGAAAGAAAUGGUGGAAAAAACGGCAACGAUUAAGAAUCUCCUAACAGAAAAUGCUAACCUACAGUGCACAGUAAGCAAUCUUUCAAAUAGGAUGGGGACUCUUGAACAAGUCCUAAAAGAGAGUAAUAUGGAAAUAAAUGGAAUACCCGAAAGAAAAUCUGAAAAUUUGAUUAAUAUUAUAACACAAGUAGCUAAUCCUGCUGACCAUGAACUGUUGGUAGAAGACAUAUUGCAUGUGACAAGGGUCGCAAAGCGCAACCCAAAAACUGAUCGAGCCCGCACAGUAGUAGUAUAGCUGCGCAGCAUGCGGCAGCGUGACGCACUGUUGGCCGCGGUCGAUACUCACUACAAAAAGAACCCAACCAACAAGCUCAGCACUUCACACUUAGGCUUUGAAGGACCAAGCACUCCCGUAUUUGUAGCUGAAUAUCUUUCACCCAGCAAUAAAUCGCUGCAUGCCGUCGCACGU